CCUCGCCCCUCCACAAGGUGGGAAUUUAGCCACACGAUAGGAGGCAGGAGGCAAUCAAGGGCAGCACAUACCCCAGACAGAAACCCAUCGAGAUGGUGGAUUGAAUCCUGAUACCUUCAAAGGAGAAGCACAGGAAAGCCUUGCAGCCAGGGGAAUGUGCAAAUACUUCUUUGGGGAAGAGGGUAGUUAAAAGGUGUCCGGAACUGGGGUUAUUGACAGGGGUGAGAGAUGGGCUCAUGUUUCUACAUGCCAAACACUCCUACUCUGUGACAUAUAUGUGACGUAUUGAUGAUGCUGUUGAAAAAUGUAUUAUGGGAAAUGGGAAGAGGUCUUAAAAGUUCAUGGAACCCCAUGCUUGGGGUUCCUACUCUUUGUGUGUUUGAACCUUGUUGCAACAAAUAAAGAUCAGGGCUACUGACCGCUGUUUGCUUCUUUAACUUGGCUGGAGACUCCUUCUUUUGCUCACCGGAGGGACCCGUGGGGAGUGGCAUCCUGUUGAGCUGGGCAGCAGAGUAAAUCCACACGCCAGGAUUUUUCCUCAUCAAUACCAAAAGGUGGCAUGAUGCCCGAGAUCGGAGCAAUCCCACAUCCUUCAGCCUUCAGCUUCCUCCUGGCUAUGCUGCUCCUGGGCCUCCCUUCCGCCAAGCAGCACUCGUGUCAGAAUGAGUCCAUUGGGCUUCUACAAAGCAUCAUCCAGCGCAUGGGCAACUCCAGCAACGGGACCCUGUUCACCCCAGACAAUAUCACCGUCUGCUUUGCUGACAACCUGAGCUGCUUCUACCAGGAACUUCAGGUGGUUCAGCAGGCGCAGGAAGGGCAGACGCAGCGCCUCCUCUCCCGGCUUGCCACCCGCCUGAACCAGCUGCAGGUGAAGCUACGCAGAAGGAGCCAGAGCCGCUGCCCCACGUGCCGGCUCUGCCGCUACCACCCUGAACGACCUGUGCUGGUUUUCCUGAACAGGCUGCUGGAGCUGUACCAGUGGAACUGCAGCAAUCGGGUCAGCCUAGGGGAAAUGUACUGCCCACCGCCCGCACCGUGAAGAGGAGCCUUGCCAGUCGGCCACCACAGUUAAAGAAGGAGAUGGUCAAGUGUGCAGAGGAGGGUGAAGAAGAAGAUGAUCGAGGAACUGGAGACCAAACCUGAUGAGGAACGGUUGAAGGAGCUGGGGAUGUUCAGCCUGGAGAAGAGAGGACCGAGAGGUGAUGUGAUAUCCAUCUUCGAAUAUCUGAAGGGCUGUCCCAUGGAUGGAGGAGCAAGCUUGCUUCUCGCUGCUUCACAGGGUAGGACCCGAGUCAAAGGAUUCGAAUCGCGAGAAAUGAGAUUGUAACGAAACACAGGGAAGAACUUCCAAGCUACCGUACAUGAAUUGUUCGACAGUGGAAUGAUCUCUCUUGUGAGGUGAUGGAUUCUCCUCCCUUGGAGGUUUCCAAGCAGAGGUUGGCUGACCAUCUGUCACGGAUGCUUUAGCUGAAAUUCCAGCACUGCAGGGGGGGUUGCACUCGAUGGUCCUUGGGUCCCAUCCAACUCAACCAUUUUAUUCUACUCCCCCUUGACCUCCCUCAUCCAUGGCUCUGGGAUAGCACAUCCAGUUUGUGUUGGUAGUUCAUGGGUUCCUCUGUUAAGAGGGCAGGAUCGGUGCCCUCAGAGACCCUGGGCUACCCUGUUGCAUUGGGGCAUGUGACACAACUUCCGUUGUGUUAUGGAGAAGGUCCUGUGGAUGAUGGAUACAGGUUGACCAAACAUUCUGGGCCAGACACACCAGAAAUGGUGCAAGUUGCAAAUUUUGGAUGAAGGUGCUCCUGGUGUUUUGGCAGCUGAUCUCUCCUUUGUCUUUCCAAGUUGCAAGACCCAAAGCAGGGCUGGAAGAGAGAAUGGUCAGCCUUUCUACUACGCAAAUGUAAGCAGAAGGCCAUGCAUCUCUUCCUUGCCCCAGCAGACCCAGGAGAUCUUCCUGGCAACAACCAGUAAGUCUCCCUUCCCUCACUUUAUCUGUUGUUAAUAUAGGAACAUGGGAAGCUCCCUUAGACCAGGUCUAGUUGAUACCAGGCUACUUGAAAGAGCCAGUGUGGCAUAGCGGUUAGAGUGCUGGACUAGGACCUGGGAGACCUGGGUUCAAAUUCCCACCCAGCC